AUGGCGGAGGAGAACAAGACAGUGACAGCGUUUAUUCUCACAGGACUCACAGAUCUCCCUGAGCUUCAAAUCCCUCUCUUCUUGGUGUUUUUGUUGAUUUACCUCACAACCAUGGUGGGGAAUAUUGGGCUGAUUUUGCUUGUUUGGAUGGACUCUCACCUUCACACACCCAUGUACUUAUUUCUCAGUAGUUUAGCUUUUUCAGAUGCACUGACUUCUUCUUCAGUGACCCCUAAGAUGCUGGUGAAUUUUUGUACUAAGAGCAAAAUUAUAUCCCUUUUUGAAUGCAUGGCCCAAUUUUAUUUUUUUGGUGCCAGUGCAACCACAGAAUGUUUCCUGUUAGCUAUGAUGGCUUAUGACCGAUAUGUAGCCAUAUGCAACCCUCUCCUUUAUCCAGUGAGGAUGUCCAACAGAUUAUGCAGCCAACUGGUGAUUACUUCAAAUAUAGUUGGCUUUCUUCAUUCAAUGAUUCAUGUGAGUUUGUUAUUCAGAUUAACCUUCUGCAAAUCAACUAGAAUACAUUAUUUCUAUUGCGAAAUUUUACAAUUGUUUAAAAUUUCUUGUACUGACUCAUCGAUUAACACACUGGUGGUUUUUGUUUUCUCUGCCUUUAUUCAAACUUUCACUUUUAUGAUCAUUAUAAUCUCUUAUGUCUACGUCCUCUCUGCUAUCCUGAGGAUUAAAUCUGAAAACGGAAGGAGCAAAGCCUUUUCAACAUGUAGUGCCCAUCUACUCUCUGUCUCCUUAUUCUAUGGAACUCUUUUCUUUAUGUAUGUGCGUCCUGGGUCUGGUGCUGCUAAAGAUCAGGAUGUAAUGUAUUCCUUGUUUUACACUAUCAUAAUUCCCCUGUUAAACCCAUUUAUCUAUAGUUUGAGAAACAAAGAAGUCCUCAGUUCCCUGAAAAAAGUAAUAAAGAAAUAG